CAGCUGAGGGAGUACUGCACACUGCACAGUGCAGUCCAAAUUGAGGUGGAAUUUGGAUUAUUGUGUAUAAGCAAUAAGCAUUUUACUUUCCCAAUAAUUGGGUAAGGUAUAUUUGUUCUUCUACAGUAUAUUUUCUACAUUUUAAUUGUUAUUAGGAGUAAAGCGGUUUCCUUACUCCUAAGCUAAUACCUUGCAGUUAGGAAAAUUUGGCAAACAUGAGCUACUCAGAUGACCAGCUUCCUGACUUGCUACCACUUUACUACAAAAAGUUGUUUCCUUUCGGGCCGUAUUAUCGAUGGCUGAGCUACGGUAACUUGGACCCGAACUGCUUCCCGAACAGAGAAUUUUCUUUCACACUGCAGGAUGAUGUGUACAUCCGGUACCAGUCUUUCUGUAACCAAGACGAAAUGGAAAAAGCGAUACAACAGAAAUGCCCUUUCAAAAUUGAUAUUGGAGCUGUAUUCAAUACCAGACCCAAGGACCGAAGAAGGUCAUCAGUGUUUGCCCCUCUCCAGAAGGAGCUUGUGUUCGACAUUGAUAUGACAGACUAUGAUGAUGUCAGGAACUGCUGCUCUGGAGCUGACAUCUGCACCAAGUGCUGGAAAUUCAUGGCACUGGCUGCUAGAAUACUGGAUACAGCACUCAGAGAGGACUUUGGAUUCGAGCACUUGUUAUGGGUGUUCUCGGGCCGGCGAGGUGUUCACUGUUGGGUAUGUGAUGAGUCUGCUCGCAUGCUUGACCAGUCGGCUCGCUCAGCUGUUGCUGAGUACCUGCAAGUUGUCUCUGGCGGUGAGAAUAAGGAUAAGAAGGUCGUCAUUCCCUCAGAAAUGCAUCCUUCCAUAAAGCGAGCGAGAAACAUGAUCAACAAAGAGUUUGAAGAGAUGAUUGUCGGUGACCAAGACUUUCUGGGCACCAAGGAACGUAUGGCCAAGGUCCUGACUUUGAUACCAGACAAGACAGUGAGAGAGGAAGUGGAGAGGGCAAUGAACGACUGUAGCACAUCCAAGGAUCGGUGGAACGCUUUGGUGAAAACUGUCAACAGUGCUGCUCAGAUUAAGAAUCUGAAAUGGAAACUGAAGCAUGUCGUUGACGAAAUAAUUCUUCAGUACACCUACCCCAGGCUUGACAUAAAUGUGUCCAAAGGUCUGAACCAUCUGCUCAAGUCUCCAUUCUGUAUCCACCCGAAGACUGGCAAGGUCUGCACCCCCUUCACGCCAAAGAUUGCAGCAAAGUUUGAUCCAACGACAGUACCCACUAUAAGUGAACUUGUUGAAGAACUUAGAAUGUACGAUCAAAAACAAAGUGAAUUAAAUAACGAAGAUGACACUACCAAAAGAGUGAAAGGAUACAAAAAGACGUCAUUAAAUUCAAGUGUUCACAUUUUUGAAGAUUUCCUUCGUAAACUUGAAGCCACAUGGAAAGGCAAAAGGAUAGAAAUCAGUGAUCAAAAGAUGGAGUUCUGAUAUGAUUGGUAGCCGCACAAAGUAUACAUGUUUAAGUGAUAUUAAUAGUAUUUUGUAAGAAUAUAUUUUUAUAAUUC